AUGAGUGGCGAUGGUUCUGUGAAUGUCGAGACGGUUUUACGGGCGAUUGAUGCUCUUUAUUUGAAUCCCGACACUUCUUUCAAAGAGCAGGCAUCAAAAUGGCUGAGCGAGUUUCAGAAAUCAUUGUACGCAUGGGAGAUUUCAGAUCAACUAUUGUAUAUGAACCGCGAUUUGAAUUCUUGCUAUUUCGGCGCACAAACCAUAAGGAUUAAAAUACAGUGUUACUUCACAGAGCUACCUACAAGCUCUCACGAGGGUUUGAAAAAUUCGCUACUAGAACACGUGAAAAAGCUCAAUGCUGAGACAAGUGUGCCAAUAGCUAACCAGCUUUGUCUGGCCGUCGCUGAUUUGUUUUGCCACAUGGUACAGUGGCAAAAUGGCAUCAAGGACAUUAUCGAAAAGCUUUCUGGAUGUGAUGCUUCAUCGGGGUAUUUAAUAGAUAUACUGAAGUUUAUUCCAGAGGAGAUGACGAGCAGUACGCUAAGAUUGGGUUCUAAUCGUCGACAUUCCCUUAUGGCUCAGCUUGAAACGAACAAACGACAAGUUAUCGAGCUUUUGUCACUCAGAGCAAAGACACCUGAAAUGCCAAUGCUAACGCGGAUUUUCAACUGCUUAGCCAGUUGGUGGGACAACACCGGAGUUAUGACCGAGCAGGAUGCUCCUGUUUCUCCACUUUUGGAGACGGUCUUCUGUAUACUUCGAAAUCCGGCUUCUACCCCAGAACAGGCUUAUGAUGCAGCUACGCAGUGGGUUCUAGCACUGCUUUAUCAGUGCAGAAGUUUCAAUGGUACGUCAGGUGGCCUUUUGACCUGGUUGCAAAGAAACAUAUACGAUUUACUCAAAGUCCUUCAAGAUUGUGCCACUGCUGUUGCGUCCGCUUCCAACCAAACUCUACAACAGGAACAGCUGGAUUUGUACAAAGACCGUUGCACCUGUCUGGCUCAUAUUUUCGCUUCCCUUGCCCGAACUCUCCGCCCCGCCUUAGUCCGUCAACCUUCAUCCGCUGGUUCUGGUGCCCCAGGAGAUCUGCGGACCUUGGACUGCCUUCUUGGAGUCCUUGAACUCGUACCUCCAUUAGGUAGCCGAGAGUUGUCAGCAAUCACGUUUCACGCCCUUCAUUCAUUGGCUGAUGACGCAAUUCGCCAUCGUUCACUGGCUGCCAGUUCUGCACAGUCUAGUAUGGACAGUUCCGCGGGGAACAAUUCGGCGAACUCUGGUGGGCUUCGACCAAUCGCUGCUUUGGUACCGUAUUUCACUCGUGUGGUUGUCGCACUAACACGUUUCUGUCCAAACAAUACGGCUGAUUUGGAGAGCACGGAUGAACUGCGUGACUUCCGUGACGAUGUCCACGAUUUGAUGCAGGACAUCCUUGGGCUUGUCGGAGCGGAAACGAUCUUCGUUGAGUUAUACAAUCAUGUUCAACAGCUGCAAAUGCUUGCAGUUUCCAGUAACGCCCAAGUGACUGCAUUGGAAGUUCUUCACGAAGCCGAAGCCUGUUUGUUCAUGAUGACUACUGUGGCCAAGCGUCUUUCUCCGCAUGACCCUGAAGGUUAUUUGUCAAACUUGAUUUCCGGUCUGGUUCUGCCGGGACUGUCGGCAGCCUGUCCCUUUCCUCUGCAAGAGGUUGGAUGCAUACUCUACAUGGAACUAUCUCACUGGGCUGCAUGUCAUCCACAGCUCCGGCGCCAAAUUGUUGCACAACUGAUUGGAAUAGUGGAAAAGGCAGCCGGCGUGGAAGCACCGAAUUUACAGCCUGGACAAAAGCUUGCCGUCAGUGCUGCCCUGUCAGCUUUGGGCAGCCUUGCUUCUGUCUACCGUGCGACGCCGUCCGGUGGUCCCAACGGCUUGACCUCUCCUGGUUCCGAGUCCCUUCGGACAGGUCUGUUGGACGACCACUGGCAAGAUUUGGUCCAGCGCGUAGCCUACAACCUUCCUCGGCUGGCUUGGGUUCCUGUUUACGAUGCGACAAACUUCUUUUCAGGUAUUGGCCGAGGAAUGAUAUCCUCAAUCGGGUCAGGUGGAGGUGGUGUUGAUUUUGACCCCAAUUCUUCCAGACAAGCCUUUCCCUCUCGCCUGGCACAGAUAUGCGGUGUCAGCCUUGAGUGUUUGGACAAACUGAUGACAGAGAACAUUGCCAUCACCGGGACUGACACAACAACCGAUCCUCGCGUAUGGUUAGAUUACCUGGCAGCUCUGUUUCGUACAUUCGGAUGUUUUCUGCGUCGGUUGGAUGAUGGAGGCAAACAGCAGUUGGGUACGGGCACCCAAAGUAUCGGGAUCAGAGAAGCUGGCAGUUUGGCACAGUCUGCACAGACUUGUUUGUCUGAAAGUUUACGACUGGUCCGUGAGGUUAUCUGGCCGGUGGUCGCUCGUGUACUAACGUUCUAUUCUAGCCGGGCGCGUCAUAUGGAACACACCUGCCGGUUGAUUCGUUUCAUCGUGCGCUGUUUCUCUGUGCACCUGAGGGACUUGCUCCCGGAAAUUGCCGAAAAGAUCGUAGUAGCCUAUCGCACAGGGGGUCAACACUCCAGUUUCCUAUAUCUGGCAAGCGUGCUGGUGGAUGAGUUUGGAGAACAACCAGAUUGUCGGUUCGGACUGGUUCGUGUUUAUGAAGCUCUUGGCGGGCCAACCCUGAAAAUGCUUGAUGGGCCAGCCCUCUCCCAAAACCCCCACACCGUCGAAGAUUUGUAUCGCCUUUGUACCCGGCUAGUUCAACGAUGUCCAGUGGCGUUUCUCACAAGUGAAGAGGUCGACUUCAAUGAAUUGUGCAAUGUGGCUGUGCGUUCUUUGGGUUUGUACUGUACGGGGCCUGGAGCAAAUGACGAUAUAACCGACACGCCGUCUUCGAACGGGGACUCUCAGAAUAAUAAUUCAUCGUCCAGUGCCUCUGCCGCCGCAGCUCGAUUCUUGAUUGACUUGCUGAGUUUCACAGGGCAGGCAUCUGAAGUUACCCCAACGCAAGUUGCACAGAUUAUAUCUUCUGGUGGUCAGUUGGCCACUCCAUCCUGUCCCUCAGCAAUGGCUGCUCAACGUGUCCUUGUCUGGCUAAUCCAGCCAGUGGCCGCCAACGGUCCUGAAAUGAUCCAGUGUGGUGGCCAACGUCUCGUAUCUGCUGUUAUUCAAGCCUGUUGUCUAGGGAUAUCCGAGGAGCGGUUUCCCGAAAUGGCUGACAUACUACACCAACUGAACGUGAUGACCAAAAAUGAGCUGUUCCUUACCUGGCUCAACACAGCUGUCACCAGCCUACCCAUCCUCCGCGCAGACGGAUUAGUACAUGCAACGAUGGACCAGAUUAACGACUUCAAGGAAUCCAUAAUGAAAUCGUCAAGAAGUUCCACCAUCCUACAGGCACUCUCUGUAUUCGCCGUCCUAUUCCGAUGAGUCAACCCUUGUAAAGAUCCCCUUGCCCAAUUUCUCCUUAGUAACGUACAGUCUCGGUUCACCAUGCACACCUCAUUCAUUAACGGGAUGCUUGCUUAGAGACAAAUGCUGCAUUUGAUUAACAUCACUGGCAAUUGUUGAUCUCGUACCAAGUUGCUGCUGGCCUGUCUUUACACGUCUUCGUCUCACCAGUGUAAAGCUCCCUACUCUGAUCCUCAUCGAACGUCAUUUUACCGACAGAUGUCACUGUAUUUUUCACCGACAGUUAAGUAGAAUGUUUUUG